AUGUCCUUAGCGAAACUUCACAGAUUUUUCUGGGACAGCUCCGAAUCUGAGGGUCGCUUUGGUUCAGCUCUCAACCUGCAGCAGUCAAAGACUCAAAGACACAAGAGAUGCGGAUGCGGGGUCUUGGUAGGCCUUCAUGAGCGGUUCCCUAAAGUAGUAAUCAAAGCAAAGCCUUCCAUGUCGCUUGAGAAGGUUACAGCAGGCACUGGCGGAAGUUCGUCUUCCAAAGCAGCCCGCCCCGUGCGAUCGCACAAGGUGGUUUUCCUGGGGCAGUGCGGCACUGGCAAGACAGCACUCAUCCGACAGUUUGUGCACAGGACUUUUGACCAGAACUACACUGCCACCAUUGGCAUGGACUUUGUUGGAAAGUUGCUCUCUCUCGAGGGACGGCAACUGCGCCUACAGCUGUGGGACACUGCCGGCCAAGAGAGGUUCCGAGCAUUGAUGCCCAGUUAUUUGAGAGACAGCUCGGCCUGUGUUGUCGUGUACGACGUCACAUCCAAGGAGUCCUUUGACAGCAUCCGCGGCUGGGUAGACUUGGCCCUUGAGGGUCGCUCUCGUCGCGACUUGCUGCUCGUUCUUGUGGGGAACAAGAUCGAUCUGGAGGAACAGAGGUGUGUACAGAAAGCCGAAGGCGAGGCCUUGGCAGAGGAUUUGAAGAUGCUCUUCUUCGAGGCCACCGCGAAAGAUGCGACUCUUGUUGAUGCGAUUUUCUAUGGUUUGGCGGAAGGUUUGACGUCUGAGCAGCACAAGCCCGAAUCUGACGACGAGAUCGUGCUUACAGCACCUCCUCGAAGACGAGAGGUGCACGAUCGGAACAAGAAAUGCUGUUGA